UGACAGUUCAAAAAACUGUUUUCGCUUGUCAUCAUUCGGCUUUUUGUUAAAGAUAAUCCAGUUAUAAAUUAAAUAAUGGCUUUGCUAGAUUUUUGUCGCUUAGAUGAAAAGAUCAAUCUUAAACCUGUGGACUCCCUGGCAUCCAUUAACAACGAUGUGCUCGGCUACACUCAAAACUUUAUGAAUAGUGCUCAGCUCGCUACUCCACCGUUCGCCAAUCCGAUAGACACACUCGCUCAAUUCAACACCAAAGACGAGACAGGAAGGCAAAUAAAAAUCGAGUUUGAUCAUGGUACCACUACUUUGGGAUUCCGUUACAAAGGUGGUGUGUUGCUCGCUGUGGACUCACGAGCAACAGGAGGCCAGUUCAUUGGAUCACAAUCCAUGAAGAAGAUUGUGGAAAUAAAUGACUAUCUACUUGGAACACUUGCUGGUGGUGCAGCUGACUGUGUAUAUUGGGACAGAGUACUGGCCAAGCAAUGCCGCUUGUAUGAGCUCCGCAACCGUGAACGCAUCUCUGUAGCCGCUGCCAGUAAACUCAUGGCCAACAUGGUCUACAACUACAAGGGCAUGGGUUUGAGCAUGGGAAUGAUGUUGGCCGGAAUUGACAAAAGGGGUGCCCAACUUUACUAUGUGGACAGUGAGGGUACCCGCACACCUGGCAAAGUAUUCUCAGUGGGAUCUGGCUCAGUCUACGCCUUUGGUGUACUUGAUUCUGGUUACCACUGGGAUUUGGAAGAUGUAGAGGCACAGGAACUGGGUCGUCGUGCCAUCUACCAUGCUACCCACAGAGACGCGUACUCCGGUGGUAUCAUCCGAGUGUACCACAUUAAUGACCAGGGCUGGGUCAACAUCUCCAAUGAGGACUGCUCCGACCUGCACUAUAAAUAUCAAGCCGAAAAGGGCAUCACCGAUGAAUAAAUUAUGUAUUAAGGUUUUUUAAAAUAAAUAAUAAUAAU